AUGCACAGGGCCGAAUGGGAAUUCAGGGUCCAGUGCUCGCCGCUGCUGAGCUACCCGGGUCAAAGCAAGAGGAAAAAGGGGAGUAAAUCAGUGCGCCCUCUGGUGGGUACUCAGCGGCUAUUCGGCUGCAAAGGCGUGGAGAUGGGAACCCCAGGGAAACAGCGCGCUUGCUACUCUGGAGGCCUGGGAAGUAAGGAAGGGUCGCAGCUGCCCCAGCUAGAGGCCGCUGGCCACAGAGAGGCAGAGGAGGUCCGACACUCGCCUAUACCCCGAGGAGAAGAGCUGGUUUCCCGAAGCCGCUCCCUCUCGCUCCCGACCGUCGUGUCCCAGGCGCUUCAGUCUCUUUAUCCGCCAAAUGGGGACGCGGUGCAGACUGAAUUAGUGAGCAAGGCCUCGGAGGCGCCCCCUCUAUGCCGGGCUCUUUCGCUCUCAGUUGUCCGAAGGUCCGAACGUUGCGUCCAGCUUCUCCGACAGCGUGAGGUGCGGCUCCCGCCCCAGUUCCCGCUCGGAAACCCUGUGUGUCUGCUCCCGCCGGGCUGGAGCCCCUUCUUCCCGCUGGAUUCUUCUUCAGUUUCUCAGUCACAUAAAAGGGAGAAUUUGGGGAAGUCCGGGGAGGCCUGGAAACUCGCGGUAAAGGAGCCUCACCAAGCCCGACGGGGCGAAAAGGUGCUGGGAGCCCUCCACGAGGGAUUGGCCGAAGAAGAGAAGAGAUGGCGGCCCCUUUACGCACAUUGCACUUUGCCGCUAGCCCCCACCGGCCAGCACACUCAUCUCCUGUUGUCAAGGGGGGAGGACAAAAAUAGGCCGCAGUUCUCACGUGGGAUAGGAUCGGCCGUCGUGACUCCCACAGCCUCUAGGGUGCCUCCUGGUGAUUUUCACAAGUCCAGUGGACCCUUACGGACUGAAGAAGGCCACUGGUUUUGCACUUUCCUUGGCGGAGGGCUAGAGUCUAGCGGCCCUCCCCCACGGUUCCCGGAGCCGCCCACGGUCACGUGGCCGGCGGGGCCGACAGGUAACUCGCCCAGAGAGGGCGGGGGCCGGUAG